UGUUCUUAAGGCGUUCGCUCCGAGGAGGAGCUCGCGAAGCCUCCCUGGUGGCCAAGCUCGUCGAUGGGUGGCUGGCGACCCGCUGCAAAGGAGGAGGAGGGGAAGGCGGCGCGGAACAGAAGGAAGAGGGGCGGCGGGGUGAGGACCAUGCAGGCCGGGCGGGGCUCUUGCCGCGGCAGUUAGGCACGCUGGGAAUAUCUAUGUAUUUCCGCAGCGUUGGCGUUUGUGCUUCCUAACUCGAUCUUUCUUAGACAUCUCUCCGUUUUGGUAGUUUCCGGCUGCGGCAAAGUUUGGUUCUUUUGGUUCAGAACAGAGUGCGGUUCCUCAUGGGGAUGCCGCUGAAAGAGGGGCUGAAGAGACUGUGCCUUGAGUCAGGGUGGUCCUACGCUGUUAUAUGGAAGCCGGUUGUCUUCGAGCGUCGAGUGCAUUUGAUCUGGCAAGAUGGGUACUGCAACAAGAAGCCCAAUUUCUCAAGCUUCAAGAUCUCUAAUUUCCUUCGUAAGGAAGAAGAUGUGGGUAUCAAGAGUGACGGCUUAGAGCUAGGCUGUGAGAAGCAUGAUGGAACACACGCUCUGGUUCACAAGAUUUUGGCAUCUCAGGUCCAUCUUGUCGGAGAUGGAUUAAUUGGACAAGCUGCUCUAUCAGGAAAAUAUAAGUGGAUCCACACAGACAAAUUUAGUUCUGAAUCUGAGGGCCUUGCUGAGAUUAACUGUCAGAUAGAAGCAGGCAUGCAGACUAUUGUAAUUGUCCCUGUGCUUCCAUAUGGCAUAAUACAACUUGGUUCUACUCAAUUGGUUACGGAAAACAUUGGAUUGGUUCAGCACAUAAAAUGUUUGUUUGCAAAGCUAGAUUAUGGUUCAAGUGAUGUUCUAUCUAGUAAUAUCCAGAAAGGUUGGAGGGAAGAUUGUCAAAUAUAUAGUUCAUAUGGGCUAGCUCUUGGUUCUCAUUCUCAAAAUCCUUGGCUUAAUGUGGAUGAGAAAUUACAUGUCAUUUCUGAUCAAUGCAACACUGAGUUACUCAAUUCUCCAACUCCAAGAUCUUUCUCUGAAUCUGUUUCUCUAAUUCCAUAUCAAUUAAAUAAGAAAAUCCUUUCUAGUGAUUCUGAAGUAGUGCCAACCGAACUGACUUCAGAGAGGGCAUAUCCUUUAGGUAAGCUUAUUUUGCAAAGUGCUGAUUACAUAUUUCCAAAGGCAGGCAUACAACCCACAUCACAGAUUCCACCUGAUGAUUCAAAAUCUCAGUGUCAAAACAGACACUCUGAUUUGAACCCAUUUUUAUUGCCUAAUAAUUUAAACGUCUUGGAAGAAGAGCUUAUGUUUGCAUCGGCUAUUGGAGCAUAUGAAUCUACAAACGUUGUAUAUGAUAUUGUCAAUGCUAGUUCAAUGACAAAUCCACACAGAGUUACUAAAUCCUCAACUUCAUCUGCUGUAAUUGAGACAACUUCAAAUUUAGGCCAAAGAGCACAAGCACUCAAAUUUAGAAACACAUGCAUAUCAGAGGUUUCCAGGAAGGACCAGCCUUUACUAUUAAGUGAAGGUGAUGAUACCCAGUCAAAUAUUGAGAUCAAAGAAAAUGAUGAUUCAGUUCAAGCUUCUCUUGUUUUUUCCUCUGAAUCUAAAGUUUCUUGCUCUGAUAUGCUCUCUGGCAUUCUCCAAGAACAUGCAAUAAGCCACUCAAAACCUGUCCGGAAUGACCAAAUAAAUGAAAAUGUUGAUUAUGUAGAAAAUGACCCUUGUAGAACAGAGAUCAUUCAGUGUACACAAGAUUUGAAAGAGUAUAGGUUUCUGCCUUCAUUGAAAAGUAAAACUUUGUUUGCUUCAGAAAAUGAUAUGUUUCAUAUGUUGGAUGCUGAUCACAAGAUAUAUUGGACAAAUGGCAGUUUGGCUGACGUGGUAGUGCAUAAGAAUAGUACAAAUGCUUGUGAUCUUGGCACAGAUGUAACCAUGCUCCCAGAAGAAUCGGAUGCUUGCCCCAAUUAUGAUUCCUUAAAUGAACAGAUCUCUUGUUCUGGGUUGUUUCCCAUAGAUGACAGUGAUCAAUUAUUGGAUGCAGUAAUUACAAAGAUCAAUUCGUGUUCCAAUCAGGGUUUGGAUAGUAAUGUUUCUCAGAGUGCAUUCAUGGAUCCUUGUAGUUCACGUUAUGCUAGAAUUCCCAGUCACUGUGAAGUACAGUUGUCUAAUCACAAGAAAGAUGAACCUGUAGGUUUUUCACCACUAGUAGUAAAAUUAGAGCCUUCAUGCAUAAGUUAUAGCAAGUCUUCAUGCAGCUUUGAAAAAGAUGGAGAGUUCACUCAGAAAUCUGGGGUUCAUAAGCCUCAAAUCAAUGCAUGGGUUGAAAGCUGUCAAAGCGCUAUGAAUGAUUGUGCAUCAGAUUCAAAUAGUAAAAGAGUAUCAGAAGUAGGUAAGCUGAACCGGAAGAGGCCUAGAGCAGGAGAGAGCCCUAGACCACGGCCAAAAGACAGACAGUUGAUACAAGACCGUAUCAAGGAACUUCGAGAAAUAGUCCCCAAUGGGGCAAAGUGCAGCAUUGAUGCAUUGCUGGAGAAGACUAUCAAACACAUGUUUUUCUUGCAAAGUGUGACAACACAUGCUGACAAGCUGAAGGUUUCUGGAGAACCCAAGAUCAGCAAUGAGGAGGGUGGUUUACUUAUGAAAGACAACUUUGAGGAUGGUGCAACAUGGGCGUUUGAAGUAGGAACUCAACCAAUGAUUUGCCCCAUUGUGGUGGAGGAUCUAAACCCUCCUCGUCAACUCCUAGUAGAAAUGCUCUGCAAGGAGCGUGGUUUUUUUCUGGAGAUUGCUGACUUCAUCAGAGGCUUGGGUUUGACCAUAUUGAAAGGGGUGAUGGAGGCACGCAAAAGCAAAGUUUGGGCACGUUUUGCUGUAGAGGCAAACCGGGAUGUAACUCGAAUGGAGAUAUUCCUUUCACUCGUGCAAUUGUUAGAAUCAUCAGCUGGAAGAAACAUGACACUGCAUACUGCUGGUAACAUCAACAUGGCUCACGGCAUUUUCCAACAAACCUCUGUGCCUGCAAGAGUCAUUUGAUGAUCUUCAGUGAGUGGUCUCUUAGAACCAUUGUUCUAAUUGAAAAAAGUUAGGAGGCAGGGUUGGCUUCUGCCACCAUGACUAUCUCUCCGAAUCCAACAUUAGUGACAAGAUUAGACAUUCUUUUGUCUACUUCAUCGACAACACCUACUUGUGCGUGCCUGCAUCUCCAACAGCAAAAGCGGCCAGAACCUACUGUUUCAAUUGCUCAGAAUUUGCUUACCUUCAAUUUGGUGUUAGCUAUAAAGCCUUUGUGAGCUGUCAUUGUUACGAGGUUUGCUCAGCGUAAUUGUAUUUCCAAUUUCAAGAUUUUUGAAUCUGCUACCUCGUGCAAUGCCUCUCGCUACUGUUUGCGUCUGUACAAAUUGGAGGUAUUUUUGAAUGAACUUUGAUAGAUUACAAUUUGUUUGUUUUA